CUGACGAUCAACUACUAUCUCCCGUAUCAUUGAGUUGAGCUCUGUCAAUACGAUUUAGUUUCAUCGCUGUAUCAUACGGACGAGCACGACAGACAGAUACCCUUGGUUCUAGUCUGCGACUGUCAAGUCUCGAGACCAUUGGCUAAGAGCACCUCGCGUCAGCUCUUACGAAGACGUUUGUUCCGGACGUACGAUUCGAUCGAAAUUUCUCUAGACUCUUGUCUCCGGUCGUCUGCUCAAGGCGCUCUCACACAGGGGGAGGAAACCUAUCAUCCUCUUUCUCUGUUGCCAUCAUGUCAAACAACUCGCCCUCCACACCCGUCAAGGUGCCCUCCAGUGCCGCAAACCACACACAGGCCACUUUGGACCCAGAUCUACGAUCACAGAUCAAUACUAUUCUUCUACGCGACGGUCACGUUUCCAAAAUACAAGAUGCUCUCCUUCACGCUCUGAACUCACACUCUACGAACUGGCCUACUACCAUUCAGUCGCAUGCUCUAUCUCUUCUACGCUCUGGUGAGGUGGCAACCUUCCCUGCUCUCCUCAGCCGCGUCCUCGAAGAUGUCCGCCACGACUCUGCCCUGAACCCCAUAUCCUCGAGUUCCAACGGCACUAACGCCAAGUCUGCAACCAACGGCGACGCUUCCAAGACUAACGGCGCGACGGAUGCUAAGCUCAGCCUUGCUGUGCCAGAGUCGGUCGUCGAGGAAGCUCUCCGCGUCACCAGAGAGAGCCUGGAAGCCGUUUGCGAGAUCGAGGACGAUGGAACCGCCUGA